AUGACUUCUGAUAUGCCGACGAUAGAUCUAACACUGGAUGAAUCCAAUGAAGAGAUGAUGGAUAAUUCACCAAAUAGUAGUAAUAACAAUAUAAAUAAUAAUAUUCCAAAUGAAAGUAGUACUUAUCAUAGUAUACCCGAGAAACAGGAGGAACUGUUUCUAGAGACAAAUAACCAAGAAUUACCAAGUCCUACAAGUAGUGAUGUACCAAAUGAAUAUGAUAGAAAACAUAUUCAACAUGCCACUACAGCAGAUGAGAAAUUAAAAAACUUGGCUUCUUUACAAAGAUCAAGAUUCACUCAAAGUAUUACAAAUGAAUAUAUUGAUCACAACAACAAUAACACUUUCGAUUUGAUCCCGAAGUUAGCAAUCGGUGCGUCGUCAAAUAUUUUAACUCCAAGGACCCCAAAAAUGGAACACAUAGAAUCCUCAUCGAGUUCUUCAGAAGAACUCGAUGAAGUUGAUGAUGACAGUUCUAUAUUUAGCAAAAAAGAAGAACCAAAUGAAAAUACGGAUUUUAAUCAACAAGUACCAACGAGUACUGAGGAAAUUAUUAAGUUACAAAAUAAAAAUGAACAAACCCCCUCCGAAGAACAUCAUGAUGAGCCUUCUAAUGAUGAGACACACGAAGUCUCGAAACUAUCUCCUAAACAAGAAAUGGAUGAAAUAUCACACGUUCCAAGGAAUAAUAAUAGGUCAUUAGCAACAUCUGAGGAUACUACAGAGUUACAAACUUCGGACGAUGAUAAUAAACCUUUAAAAGUCCCAAAUGAUGAUAAUGACGAUGACAACUAUGAUAAUAAUAAUGAUAAAUUCCUAGGAACUUCAAAUGAUAAACAACUACUAGUUCCAAAAAACGAACAGGGUUCCUUAGAAAUUCCAGCAACGGACAGAAAUUCUUUAGAUAAAGCACACAAUAAUGAACAAAUACGAAGUAUUGUAGUAACUCAUAAUGUAACACCAGAAAUACAAACUGAUAUUGAUAUACCAUCUGAUAUCACAAAUGAAGGAAACGAUAACAAUUUAAAUAUCAAAGAACUAACGCCACUUACUGAUCCUAUUAUAAAGAAGAAUAGUACAUUUCAUGUUGAAGCUUCAGAAGCUUCAGAUGCAAUGAAACCAAUUGAAGUAAAUAAUAACCUUAUAAAGAGAAACGCUGAUGAGGAAGAUAUUAAUACACGUGGCCCUAAAAAGCAAGAAUUGAACGAUUCAAAGCCUAUACUUUCAAAUUCAAACUUAAAUUCAUCCAUACAAGAACAAAUUAUCAUACUGUCAAGUGACGAAGAAGAAUUUGAGAAUGCUCGACCAACUGUCGUCAAUAAUAGUACAAAUGUUGAGAAUGUUGAAAGUGCCGAUACUAUUGAUGUUGCAAAUAAUAUUACAAAGACUGAACUACCAUCUAAUACCAUUGAGCUAAAACAGAAGGAAUACCAAAUGCUUGAGGAAGAAUAUAUUGCUAAGGAAAAUUCCUUGCGUAAUAAACUGGACUCUUUGAAAUCUAGUAGUAUGAUCUUAGAGAGAAAACUCGAGAAACGGAAUGAAAGAUUAAAACAAACCGCUACAAAAUUAGGUUCAUUCGAAAAUAUGCAACAUAAGACGUCUGCACGUAGAUUACUUAUCGCAGAUGCAAAAAUAACUGUUACAACAUUGACGACUCAAAGAGAUGUGACGUCGAAAAAAUUCAAGACGGUCCAAUCAAGUUUAGAAAAGGUAAAAGUUAAACUAAAUAUGUUAAUAUCAGAAAAGACAGAUAAGUUAGGAAAGGCCAAGAAUAAUUUAAUUAUGGCUGAAAGAGAUUUUGAAAUCAAAGCUAUACUGAAUCAAAGGAAAGAUUUACUUGAACAGAAAGAUACCUUAAAUGCUAUGCUGAAUGAAGGUACAAUAAGUCAAAGUACUCAUAGGACAGCUAUGAAUGAAGUACAAUCACAAUUGACCAAUCUUUCUGUUCAGAAUAAGAGUGCUCCAGCUGUUCAGGAUCCAUCAAAGGUAAUAAAUGGGAUGAUUAACAAUUCUAAUGAUCAACCUGAUUAUUUUGUAAAAUCUAUUGAUGCUGCUAAAAAACUGAUCCUUGAUAGUACCACAAGAACAGGGUUGACAAAACAAAUGUUAACGCAACAUUUAGAUGUCUUGUUAAGAUAUAAAAACCAUUUUGAGAACGGAAGGACAAUUGCAGCUUUUAUGAUGGGUACAUGUUUAGAUUCUGCAGAACUUCUAUUUACUAAUGGUGUAAAAAUGCCAGUUGUUUAUAAUCUAUUGCAAGAUUAUGGGUUAAAAUAUAGAAAGGAAGGUCUUAUUCCUGUAGAUAGAAGGUCUCAAUAUUUCAAGAGUAUCUCAAUUGCGAAAAAAUUAAUAAACGAAUCUUCAAGAUAUGCUGACAUCAAACGUUCGAUAUUGAAUCACCUGGAUCUAAUCGAAUUAUUUAGAAAAAAUAUCGACAAUGGUACUCCUCCAGUACCCGAAACCCGUAUUGUCAUAACUCGUUCAGUCAUAUUCCUUUUGAAACAAGGAUUAAAAAUGACCAAGUUGUACGAUAAUUUAAAAGUGUAUCAUGUGGGUACAACAGAAGAUGAACUGCGUGCCCUAAUACAAUUAUCAAACAAUCAUCAGAAUUAUAACAUAUUUGACUCUCAUGAUGAUAAAGGUCUUAAUAAGUGGCAGCUAUCUGAACAAACACAUUCAAAUAUUCAGCAAAAUAGAAUGCAAGGAAAUGAUAUGUUUCCAUCAGGAGGUAUAAGCAAUAUACACGAUGCCGAAGAUAAGGAAUACAUCCGUGAGCUACUUGCAAACGUUAAAGAAACUGAAAAUCAAGUAGAAGGUGAAGAAAUGACUCCAGAGGAGCUGACUGUCAAUUUGUUAAAACAUCAAAAGAUAGGUCUAAGUUGGCUAUUAAAAAUGGAGAAAUCUAAAAGAAAAGCUGGAUUGUUAGCAGAUGAUAUGGGUUUAGGUAAAACUGUUCAAGCAUUGGCUCUUAUGAUGGCCAAUAAAUCCGAUAACAAAAGACAUAAGACCAACCUAAUUGUUGCUCCGGUCAGUGUCUUGAGAGUCUGGAAAGGUGAAAUGGAAACAAAAAUUAAGAAGAAUGUCAGAUUCACAAGCUUUAUCUUUAAUGGGGAAAAGGGAAAAUUAAAAUCCUGGGAUGAGAUGAAAUCAUAUGAUGCAAUAUUAGUGUCUUAUCAGACAUUAGCCAAUGAAUUCAAGAAACAUUGGCCCGAUGCUCUAUCCAUUGACCAAAAGAAGAUCCCGUCUAUUCCAGAUAUCAGAGCUAUGAAUAAAUUGAAAAAACAUAACGAAUAUUGGUCUCCUUUCUACAGAGAUGAUUCAACUUUUUAUAGAAUAAUUCUAGAUGAAGCCCAAAAUAUCAAGAAUAAAAAAACACAGGCUGCCAAGGCGUGCUGUACACUCUACAGUACGUAUAGAUGGGUAUUAUCUGGUACCCCAAUCCAAAAUAGUAUGGAAGAACUAUAUUCAUUAAUUAGAUUUUUACGUAUCCCACCUUACAAUAGGGAGGAGAGAUUCCAGGCAGAUAUAGGAAGACCGUUUGGUAAGAAUAAAAAAUAUACAUACGACUCUGAGGAUAGGAAAAGAGCUUUACAAAAGGUCCAAGUGCUAUUAAAGGCCAUUAUGCUACGUCGUUCAAAAACUGAUAAGAUCGAUGGUAAACCUAUUCUUGAAUUGCCACCUAAGAAUGUAGAUAUUGAUGAGACUAAUUUAGACGGUGAAGAGUUGAGUUUUUAUACUGAUUUGGAGAGUAAGAACCAGAAGCUCGCAAAGAGAUUGCUAGCAAGAAAGGCGAAGGGUAACUAUUCAAGUGUUUUAACGCUAUUACUCCGUCUAAGACAAGCUUGUAUUCAUUCGGAAUUAGUCAUUAUUGGUGAGAAGAAAAGUCAAACAUCCAAGGUCGCUAACGGUAAAAAUUUUGAAAGGGACUGGAAUAGAUUAUUUGAAGUGAUUAAUAACAUGAAUAUAAGUAAAAGAAAUACAGUUACCGAGUCACUAGAUAGAAUGACAUGUUUAUGGUGUAUGGAACAGCUUGAAUUAGAAAAUUCAUCAGUGUUAACAGGAUGUGGUCAUAUGAUCUGUGAUGCCUGCAUCGAGCCUCUUACGGAAGAGGCUUCUUUAAAUUCUAGUACAAGGAUGGUGAAUGAUGUAAUGAUGUUGCAAUGCAACGAUUGCAGCUUAUUAACUAGCGAUAAAGAAAUCGUAUCUUACAAACUCUACAAUCAAAAUGUGAAUUUGAAUUAUAGUCGUGCCGACUUACGUAGAGAAUAUGAACUGGCUAUGGAUAGCCGUAGAUCAUGCCCAGAAUAUGUGACAGAUAUAUCAAAAUUAAAGCCGUCUCCGAAAAUGGUACAAUGUAUGGACCUGAUUAAAAAAGUAUUUGAGGGCUCUUCAACAGAGAAGAUAAUCAUCUUCUCCCAAUUUACAGCAUUUUUCGAUAUCUUCGGAUAUUUUCUCACCAACUUGAUGAACACAGAAUACUUGAAAUAUACUGGGGAUAUGAAUGCACAAAAAAGAUCUGAUGUUAUUAGUGAUUUCUAUCGGGAAACCACCAAGAGAAUUCUAUUGAUCUCGAUGAAAGCAGGUAAUUCAGGUCUAACUUUAACCUGUGCUAACCACGUAAUUAUUGUGGAUCCAUUUUGGAAUCCAUAUGUCGAAGAACAAGCACAAGACCGUUGUUACAGAAUUAGUCAAACAAGAGAAGUUUUUGUUCACCGUCUAUUUGUCAAGAAUAGUGUCGAAGAUAGAAUUGCAGAAUUACAAAAGAGAAAACGUGAAAUGGUGGAUGCUGCCAUGGAUCCAAGUAAACUAAAACAGAUUAAUGGUUUAGGUACAAGAGAAUUAGGUUUCUUAUUCGGUUUAAACACAUUAUAG